GCAGGCGCUACCGGCGAGGCUCUGUGCGUGCUGCUUUUCUUUCUAGGAGCGCUCCUUCGACUCUUUUGCCCAUUUACCCUCUCUCGCACGUACUCGCCCCAUUGCAGUGGCUUCGUUGUCAGCCAUGAGAGAUGAGAAGGCAGAGCCCCCCUCCUCCUCCUCCUUCACAUGGACCAAUUUCUUCAGCCCUUUCACCAAAUGGGAUGUAUUGCUGGGAAUGGUCUCCGCGUUUCACCUUUUCAUGGCUCCCUACACCAAAGUAGAGGAGAGCUUCAACAUUCAGGCGAUGCACGAUAUUCUAUAUCAUCAUCAUAACAUUGAAAAGUAUGAUCACCGUGAAUUUCCUGGAGUUGUACCUCGAACUUUCUUGGGUGCCUUUUUUGUAUCACUAUUAUCAUCUCCAUUUGUGGUAAUCAUGCACCUAUUGAAUCUGCCAAAGCUUUAUACUCUUCUUGCAGUUCGUUUGGUUAUGGGGAUCAUUAUGCUGUGGACAUUACGCUUUCUUUGCAUUCAGGUCAAAAGAAAGUUUGGUCAUCAAGUUGAAAAGUUCUUUGUAUUAUUAACAGCUCUCCAAUUUCAUCUUCUUUUUUACAGCACAAGGCCACUUCCAAACAUCUUCGCUCUAUGUUUAGUCAACUUGGCAUAUGCCUUCUGGUUGAAAGGAAGUCACAUAGCAACUCUGAGGUGCCUGAUCUUUGCAACAUUGAUAUUUAGAUGUGAUAUUCUUUUACUCCUGGGACCGAUUGGCCUUUUGCUUCUAUUGACAAAAGCUAUUUCAGUUACACAAGCAUUACGUUGUGGCAUUUCUACUGGCCUUUUGUGCAUAGGUUGCACAAUUCUGGUCGAUUCCUUUAUGUGGCGAAGGAUACUUUGGCCUGAAAUGGAGGUUUUCUGGUUUAAUUCUGUUCUCAAUCGGAGUUCUGAGUGGGGUACGCAUCCCUUCCACUGGUACUUUACAUCAGCUCUUCCACGGUCAUUACUUGCAGCAUAUCCUCUUUGCUUUUUGGUCGGAUUGGAACCCAAUACGUCACGUUGUAGCUCCGCCACCCUGACUCACAGGCCUCCCGCUUAUUGCUACUUCCACAGUAUGUUUUCUAAUCUGUCUAUUAACAAGAGAGCUUUUGCCAUUAUUAUUUGUCCUUUCAUGUCUCAGGAGCUCCGGUUCAUAAUGGGUGCAAUUCCAAUGCUCAAUUUAUCAGCAGCAGUUGCAAUUAAUCGGAUUUGGGCGAGUCCAAUGUGGAACUUCUCAGGCCCUUACAGAUACUGGAACAGUUCAGGUCGGUGCCCUGGGACACCUGGUUCGUGCCCAUUAGGACCUGCCUGUUCUGACUACAACAACAGAAGAAAGGGUUCAUGGAAGUGGGUUUAUUUGAUAACAAUCUUGUUGCUUCUUGUCAGUCUAGGUUGCACUACUAUAACAAGCAUGGCUUCCUAUGAGAACUAUCCAAGUGCGUAUGCUUUGAAACUGUUGCAUCAAAGAGGUCUUGAUCCCAAUCAAACUUUGGAUCAAUGGGUUCAUAUUGAUACAUUUGCAGCAAUAAAUGGAAUCUCUCGCUUUUGUGAGAAUAAUUUCCCAUGGAGUAGGUAUUCCAAAGAAGAAGGAAUCACCAUCCAAGAAUUCCGCUCUCGGAAUUUUACAUACCUAUUGAGUGAGCAUCGGAAUAUUCCAGGGUAUGCCUGUUUAUUUUCUGUGAGUGGAUUUUCAAGGGUCCAAAUUCAACUAACAUUCCCUCCCUUUCAACUGAACAGGUGAAGGAGCCAAAAGUUUUUGUUCAUGGAAAUAUGAGAAGCCAAAAUUGGCAGCAUAAAGACUGGCCUGGCUGUGAGUAAAUGUAGGAAGGCCCCUGUUCUUGAGGGCCAUGGGGGUCCACCUCUUCUGGCGUUUGUUUAUGUUGAAGUUUUCAAUUUUGAUCGGUAGUUUGGAUUCAAAUGAACAUGUUCACUAAACAUAAAAAUGUUGUGUUCUGUAGUUAAUAUAAUAAUAUCCAAUGUGUUGCUAGGA